UGCUCCUCCGUCUCUAUAGAAGGGGGAGCUUUCUUCUCGCUGACUGAGAUGCGCGCGGCUCCGACGCAGCGGAGGUCGCGAGGCUUCUGGUGAAUUACAAUUGGCACGCGGAGCCAACAUGAACCAAAGGCUUUUUCCCCCCGCGUGAAACCAAUUCCCACACGCUUUGCAAACUGUAGCAUUAUUCCAGCAUUCUGGUUCCGGUCUGAAAUCUGGCGCAGGGAUGUUUUUGCCCACCUGAGUUGUGCUAAAAGGAAAAAGACCUUGGAAGGCAUCGGUCAUGCUCUCUGAACUUGACUUCAGCCACCUGAGCCGGGGUGCUGUGCCUCCUCUUUUCACUCCCAUGAUCAACACUUCGCCCAUUUUUAUCUACUGCUGAUUUGGAAGAAAAAUGCUCCUACCUCCAAACCUCAAGACCACAGAUGGCUGCAAGGUAAGGGUGUGGCUUGGAGAGUGAGUUGUGUCCCCAGAAGUUACUUUGGAUGGAGGUCAAAGGACAUCUGAUAACAUCAAUGGGUUUGGGGACUCCUGAUGUUCAAGGCUGCCAGGAUGGCAAGCUCCAGGCCGAGAGGAUUGCAGCUCUGCAGGAGAGAAAGCAGGCCCUAGAGGCUCUCCUUAAUGCCAGAGUGGGGGAGCUUAAACAAGUGUGUUUGCAGGAAGCGGAGCUGACUGGGAAGCUGCCACAUGCUUUCCCUCUGGAGGCUGGAGAGAAACCCCCAAUGGUGCAGCGCAGAGCUGGCCUGGUGCCGAGCACCAAGUUAGAGGAUGACUCUGGCCAAAGAAAGCAGAUGAAGGCAAUCUUCACCGGCGCUCUAUGCAGACACUCCGAAACAGACAGAAAUGGCCUGAAUAGCAAGAGGACAGUCCAUAGGGGAUGUCAUACAGAGGACACUGUGAUGUCAGAAAGUACCAGCUCUAUGUCAGAUUCAACUUCACAUGACAACGAUUCUUCUCCCAGCGUAGCUGCUGAUCAACGGGUGUCGUCUCAGGCUCGGCUCACUGUGGGCAGCCCUGACCACAGAAUCAACAGGAAGCUGUCUCCUGUUGAGAUUUACUAUGAAAUGAGAACACGUCGCAAUUCAGUCACAAGCUCCAUCAGUCCAACUCACUCUUUACCUAGAAGUGCUUCUAAUGUUGAAGGUAGAAGUGUUCCAGCAACGCCCCUGUUGGCUCGAACUGCUCCAAUCAGCGUUCAUGUCAGGUCAGAUGUGUCUGGUAGUAAUGGGUUAAAGCAGUGGUCUGGCAGCUUGGAUGCACCGUAUAUUAUCCCACUGGCUCAGGAGGGCUCCUCUUCUGAUCGCCAAAGCUGCCCCUACAGCUCCAGAGCAAGGCGCAGUAACAGUUCUGAGGCUCUCCUGGAUAGAUCUAGCCUACCAGAUGAUCCUGGACCCAGAAAUGGUAUGCCCCAUAGAGGAGGACCAUACAAGAGCUCAGAGACCCUGACUGAUGGCAAAUUGCGACAAAUUCAGCUAGAUAGCUCAGAGUGUCCAGGUGACAGCCCCAUGGAGCAGGGUAAAAUGCGUCUGUCAGUGGGUGGCAGAGGGGCGAGCGGAGGCUACAAUGAACUACUGAUGGACUAUAUCUGGGGUAAACAGCAGAGGAUGCAGGUGCAACACCAGCUGUACCAGUCCACUGGCAGAAUAUGGCAGGACAUGUCCUCUCCUCGGUCGUCCACUGCGGCUGUGCCUCCACAUGCAAAUGGAUUUUCCCAUUCCCAGGUUAACCUUCCCAGUGCCGCAAGUCCUUACAGCCCUAUGGUCCUCAGAGGAUCCCAGGCGGAGCUCCGUAGGGUCAAAGUUACCAGGACCAAAUCUUGUGGGCCUUUUAUUCCUUUACAGCAACAUUCCCCAGAUGGCAUUUUGCUAUCAGCAUAUGAGUCCCCUCUUCCCACCACUGGCACCAACACAUCCUCCAUUUCCAAUCUUCUCCCAUAUCAGACUGAGCUGUCUGGGCCCUCCUUUGGCCGUAGGCCGCCGCAGUUUUCUCUUCCUACUCCAGAAGAUUCAACAAGAAGCCUACAUAAAGCUCUUGCCCUGGAGGGACUUAGGGACUGGUACUUAAGGAAUGCCUUUGGCUACCCUCCUACUGCCUCAAAGGGCCAUGAAGCAGGCAUCUCUCGGCUCUCGCACCCCCAUCCUCUGGUGCACCAGGCCCAGUCGCUUCAAGGGGAACCAGCCAACCUCCAAAGGCCUCAAAUACCCCAGUCAGCAAGUUUCCAUGGUCACCCCCUUCAUGGACGGUCAAUGGAGUUUUCUCUCUUUCAGGAGACCCCAGAUCCACAAAAGCAAGAGACUACUCCAAAGGAAGCGAGUGCAGAUCCGGGGACCCUGGUCUGAAGCAGAAGGAUGCACUCAGCCUGAAAACCAGACCUGAUGCAACGUAUCAGUAGAAACGCUGUAGCCUCAUCUUGACUUGAUAAAGUUGAAAGUGGAUACAAAUUGACCUCAUUAACAAAGCAAAACACAGCAACCUCAUCAGACAGAAACUGAAGUGUAGCUGUACAGUUAAAAAAAAAGAAAAAAAGGAAAAACUUUGAAGAGUCUCUUGUUUUCUGUCUGAUUCCAGCAGUAUAACUUCUAACCCAGUGUUUCUGUAUGAAUGUGCACUGGUGCUGACUUGUUAAACGUCUAAUAACAAAUACAUCUGGUCCUAUUAACCCUGAAAAUUCUCCUAAGAUAUACUUUUUUACAGAAUAUAUACAUCUCUAAAUAACUAUUUUGUAUAUUCUGAUAUAAAAAGCUAUAUUAGAGGGUAAUUUAUCUCUUCUCAAAGGUGAUCAACAGUUAUCUCAUUCCAUAGUAACAUGACAUUUCUUUUCUAAUCUUGUAAAAUGUAAAGAUAUCCGUCAUUGUUCAUGUACCAUUAAUUCCCUGGCAUUUAAAAAAAAACACUUUCUGAAAGUUAAACGAGCAGUGAAAUAAAGUGACAUGCUGUUCAGACAGAUGUGCAAAGAUGUUUACAAAUGCUGCCUUGCAAAAGUAUUCGCCGAAGAUGUACUUUUUCACUUUUUGUCACAUUAAAACUAAAAAUAUUAGUUGUAAGAUUUAAUUUGGCUGACCAAACCAAAGAGGUGCAAAGGUUUGAAUAUGAAAGCAAAGAAUGGAGAUUUUUUUUUUAACUAAAAAAGGAGGUGUACAUUAAUAUGCCUUCUUCCUUAUUCUGUCCCAAGCUUGUUGCAACAUGCUGCCUUUUUAAUGCCAACAAAUCAGUGCAAAUGUGACUCAUCUGUAUUUAACAAACUCUCAGUAGUUCUGUAAACGCCUUAAUAGUGGUGUGGGGAUACAUUUCUUUAGUGUAGCAGAAGAUGGGCUGAGUUGAGGGGAAACGUGUGAUGCAUUAGAGGCAUCAAAAAUCCCUAACUGUUAUUACUUUAACUCACAGCAGGAUGGUGACUCUCAUAGCGCUACAAUGAGAUGUUACAACAACACUUAUGUGUUGAACUGGCCCAAUUGCAGCUCUAUGGAAAGACUUGCAUCUGUUACUGUCAAACAAAUCCACCACCUCCUUACUUUUAUCCUGAUUUGAACUGUGAAAUAAAAGAAAAAGGUUAUGCACUACUUUGAGAUGGUCAGUCACAUUAAAAUCCCUGUGUGAAUACCCACAUUGAAGCUUGUGAAAAAGUCAGGGGUUUCAAUACUUUACAUGCAGUGUAAAAUGAUUGGAAUAAUAAAACUUAGUGUUCUGGUGAUAAGGCAGUAGUGCCAAAAUGUAGCUCACACUGGUAGAAAACCUGUGCACCAACAGUUAUGUGAAAAAUCUAGUGUAUUUAAGGUGAACACAUUGAUGAUGUCGACCAAGUAGUUAAUAGACUGAUGUCAUGUUGUGAUUGUCUUAUAUCUAGAUUCAGAUAAGUGCUGGAGUAAAUAUAAGCAUUCUCUGUUUAGACCUCAACAGACUAAACCAUGAUGGCUGAAAUGAGACGAAUACAUAAAACAUCCAGCUGGAUUUGAGUGUCAUACAGAGCACUUUAUAAACAUCUUAAGCCUUAAUUCCCAAUGAAAUAGUUACCAGGAGAGAUGGCAGGUUGUCUUUGGGUUCUAACAGGGUUUGUUAUGAGGCACCUGUCAAAUCAUCCGUCUGAAUGAUGGUACUGAUGAGUUUCACACUGAGAUUUUAUCCCCCAACAAAUCAUUUAACUCUAUAAUAUGAAACAACUCCACCGCGCCUUCCAUCCCAAGUGACCAUUGCCGGUUGUCUGUGUGAGCUGGGCUGCUGAAGGUGUGAGCAGGUCUCAUGCCAUUAAGUCUGUUUUAAGUAGAAGUAGUACUAAUCUGUGUUUGUAGAAACUUUAAUUCAUGUACCCAGUUAAUUAUCAUUAAUUUCCUUUUACAUUUUCUACUAUUCAUUUUGUGAUCAGACUUAGUAGCAUUUAGAAAAGCCACGAGGCAUAAAAAAUGUAUCGUAACAUACAUUUUUUUUUUCUUCAUUUAAACCAUUUGACAGUUUAUAUACUUGAAGCAUUUCCAUUGUGGAACUAAUUUGAAUGUGAUUAAUUGUGUGAUUCUAUUUUUACACUGAGUUACAAUAUGUAGCACGCUGUGGGAUGUCAUAUGUUCUGCUGUCUAAUAUGUUUCUGUUUCCAGCCUCACAGAUCUCCUCUCAGCUCAUUAAAACCUGAAAUCAAAGACCAAACUGCUGUGCACUGGGGGUCAGAAAGGUAUUUUUCAUAUUAUGUACUCUGUAAAUAGAAAAUAAAUGCUAUGAACUUAGCCCUAAAGCAAAUGUAUUCAAGCUAUAUUAUAUUUAUGAGCCUAUAACAUUUUGUAGCCAUCUACUGUAGCUCCCGGUGCAGGAAAUUCCAGUGUGUUUAAACCAUUUUAUCCAGCAGUGUAGUGUGUCAAUAUAUAAUUUGAUUUUUCUUUAAAAUAUAUAAAUGCAGCUAUUUUAUCAGACCCUUGUCUCCUUAUAAUUAGGCCAGUGAAAUUUGACUUCUUAGGCCUGCUCUCUGCUGUAUGUAUGAGAUUUUGCAUUUGUUCUAAUAAAUAAAGUGUCAUAUUGAAAUUA